CAGGGCACACAGACUCUAUCAUCUGAACCUCCCACCAGCCGCACACUUCAAGUAAUCAUAAAACCAGUGCGAUCAGGAAAUCAGCUGAGAUGGAAUCUCCCUCCAAGAAUAAAUUCAUUCUUUCCAACCACUUAAAAAUCUUUUUAAAUCCCUGUGUUAAUAAUCCUAUAAAUCUAAAUCCUUUUUUAUAAUGCGACAACUGUUUUUUUAAACUUUAAAUUUAUGUUAAUGCAUGUGCUCCAAUUAAUAAUAUACGAUGCGACAGAAUAAUCAUCAAUUUCCAUAAUUAUACGCCUUUGAAGAAGACUAGAUAUUGUCAUAUCCUAUUGUGUUAGUUAUUAAGGGUGGACACUGUUAAAUAUCCCUUUGCUUUAUAGUAUUAACAUAUUUUCUGUGGUUACUGGAGAGUGUAAUCUAGAAAUCACUAUUUAAAAGGACAUUGAGCCACUUUUCACCCCCUCUGCUGUAACUUCCACGUCAUCACUGAUGGCAACUCAGGAAAUCAACCUUCUCUGCAGACUUCAAGUCCAUCUGGUUACUUAGCUGCCUCUGUUUGUUUUUAUUUUCCUUAGUGACUCAUCUGCUUCAUUUCCUCAAGCUCCUCUCUGGCCCCUGAACAUGGGAAAAGCCUUGAGAGAUCAAUAGUGGAGUCUUUCUCCCACUCUCUCUGUGUGUGUCUACAUGUGCGCUCCAAUUCGUUCCUUUGGGACGCCAGAAGAGAUGGGCUCGCUUAGGUCUGCUCACUUCCUGUGGAACAAUAGUCUUUCUAUACCCCAUCCUCAUUGAUGUAUCAAGCGCGGUGGACACAUUAUAAUCCACCGUGCUUAGUCAUAUUAUCAGAAGCUUAAGUAAACUAAGUUAUUCAACAGUUUUCCAGAGUGGAAAUACACACUGUUUGUUACACCAGUGGUACAGAGCAGGAAGCCAGAGGACACAAGGUAUUUUAAGUCGCCUCCUACACCACAUUGUUUAUCCUCCCUGGAUCAGACUCUUAACACAUGCAUUACCACGAGACACAGCGGAGGAGACUCACUGCAUCGAAGGGGUUUGGUCUCCAGCCUCCUCCUCUAAACAUCAGGUGCGUUCCAGCUGAACUUUCAAUCAAUGGAAUUCCUGUAGGAGUCUCAGGGAGUCUCUGAGGCGGAUCUGAACUUUGACACAAAUGCCUCUCCUAAUAUAGACUUGAUUUUCUUUCUUUAUCUGCCAAAAAAAAAAAGAGAGAGAAAGGAAGUGCUUCAGUGAGACGUAUUAGCACAUUUUAGAGGGCAGUGCCGAUGCCGGGCUCCUCUUCUGUAACUCUGCUCUCAGGGAGGAGAAGGGGUUGGGAGGAGGGAAAGAGCAGAGGAACUCAGUUAUUGGAUGAAGAAAGCUAGGAGCGAGACGGAAACAAUAAUGUGGACUCUGCUCUAUGGAUAAAUACACUCCAGACAAACUCAUGGAUCUAGCUGUUGCCCGGACUCCGUAAGAGUAGAGUAAUGGAUCUUCAUGUGUCAGAUAAGUCUGACAGUCCAGACGAGAUGGAGCGGGUGAGCAGGAACACAGGCGAACAUGGGAGACAGACGCAUCAGGUCUUACAGAGCAAUCCUUUAGACCUGUUUGAGACAGGCAAGUCCCUGAAAUUUCAGGCAGAGCGCCCCCACCUGGUUAGUUUGGGGAGUGGACGCUUGAGCACAGCCAUCACCUUGCUACCUCUGCUGGAAGGGAGAACCACGCUGGGCAGUGGAAGGACCGAUAUCCCCCUGCAGGGCCAAGGCAUUGCAGCUCAGCACUGCUACAUUGACAACCAAGCAGACGGCAUCACUUUGUACCCGUGUGGAAACCAGUGCUCUGUAGAUGGCCUUCCCAUCACCAAACCCUUCCGCCUGACACAAGGGUGCAUGCUGUGCUUUGGUCAGUCGGUCUUUUUCCGCUUCAACCAUCCAGAGGAGGCCCUGCGGAUGAAGAGCCUGCUGCCUGGAGGAAGCCAAGGACUGAGCACGACAAGAACUCAUCCUGCAGACUCUCAAAGUGUCCUGAACGGGAACCAUUGGUCUUUUUCGAGCAACGGAGACUCCAAAAUUAGCAACAUAUCAAAGAACCUCCAGGACUCUUUGGUGCUGAAGGCUGGAUCUGGUAAACACCCUAUUCCUCAGCCCUCUCAUCCAAGCAUACUCAAUGGGAGAAACGGCUCCAUGACCGAGGACUCCAUCUAUGAAAACAGCAGCAGCUUUCUGGGCCAGAACCUCGAGAACAAAACCUCUCCAGUACCAGCGGGGUCCACCAACCACACUCCUGUCCCCCAUCCACGGACCUCACUCUCUGUGGCCUCAAGCGCUAGGUGUGGUGUUCAGUGGGCCCAGGAGAGCCCACCGCUUCUAAGAAGCGCAAGAGAAGAGGCCACGUCAAGCCCCACACCGCCUAACAGGGUGUCAGGACAGGGCUCAGUCCAAUUUUCAACUAAAGCUCCAUCCAGCCCUCGAGGAAGAGGUUCUUCCCUUCAGAAGAGAUCCCCAAGUCCUAUGCGAGAUCAGCACCUUUCUCAUGUUGAAGUCCCUCCAAGGCUUAGGACUCCAGAGCCGAUCGGGUCCCACAGCCUGAGAGAGCUUCCUCCUCUCAGCCCUUACAUGUCCCGCAGAGCGACUCCAGGAUCGCAGGGCUCGGCUUCCUCCCUCACCGCACAGGGCUUCACUGUCAAAGGCGUCCCAGAGGGACCCCAGGGCCACUUCAAGCUCACAACUACUUCAAAAGAAGAAGCCUUGAGGACAAUGUCUGGAGGCAGGCAGUCAAAUUCUGGGCCGGGAAGUGCCAUCAUGUCAGGCCUGGGUUCUCUGUCGGGUUCAUCUCCUCUUGCUAGCCCUCAUAGCAAAAGAAAGACUUCCAUGACAGGAUCCUCCAGCAAAGAACAGAGUCUUGUGAAACCCUAUUCCCGCGAACGUAAAAACAGCAUCUCCGAGAUCAGCGACAAUGAGGACGAGUUGCUGGAAUACCACCGUUGGCAGAGAGAGGAGAGGCUGCGAGAGCAGGAAAUGGAGAAACUGGAGCGACAGAGGCUGGAGACCAUCCUCAAUCUGUGUGCAGACUAUAAUCACGACGACAGUGCUGCGGAGCUGGCGGAGGUGGUGAGGAGUGGGUUGUUGGGGCCGGCUAGAGGAACCUGUUUGAACACAGUGGGGGGGAUGACCCUUCAGGGAGGAGACAGACCGAGGCCGAGAGAGAACGAUGAGGACACCCAGCGAGAGGAGUCGAGCAGCACAGAGAGCACACAGCAAGAGUGUGAAGAGCUGUUAGGCGGUCAGGAGCAGGUCUACCUGGAGGAGGAGAGGAGCAGGAUUUUGGCCAAGGUUGAUGACUUGAAGCACAGAGUCAGUGAACUGGAGCUGCAGCUACAAGAGACCAAACAGGAGGUGGAGAUGGAGCAGGCCCUGCUGCAGGCCGAGGGGCGGGCAGAGCAGGAGCAGGCGGAGGCGGAAAAUGAAAUCAUCUCUCAGCUGCAGCUCAAACUCAGCCAGCUGGACACGGCCACCCAGAGAGAGAAGGAUAAGGGGAGGGCUAAUGUGUCGGCUGAGCGGAAGGCCCUGGGAAAGCAGAGGAAUGAGUACAAUGAGCUGAAGAGGCAGUUUGAUAAGUGCCCCUUGUCUCUAAGGGAACAAUUACAGGAGCAGCUCUGCAGGGGAGCUGACGCUCUGGAGUCUGGGACCAAGCAGUUUGAGGAGCUGGAGUUCUGCCAGCUGGAGGAGGAGAGCAGCCUGGAGGAGAAGAAGGAGACUCAAAGCUCGCAGCUUCACCAGCAGCGAGCCGAGUAUCACUGCAGCGUGGCCAAGAGGAAGGAGAAGAUGGCCGCUAUGGAGGCACAGGUGAAGCAGCUGGGGUUACAGGCGGCUCAUGACUGUGAGAGGAUGUCUAAAGACAGGACGGUGACUCUGCAGCUGCUACACAAGGAGCAAGACAGGUUGUGUGUCCUGGAGAAGAGGUACCACAGCCUGACAGGAGGGAGGACCUUCCCAAAGGCCAGCAGCAGCAUGAAAGAGGGAUUUCUACACAUCAGCGAACCUGACCUUGUUUAUGCGGACGGUCCUCCUCAUAGCCUCUGCCCCUCCUCUGCCUCCUUCUCCUCCUCUCACAUGCCCUCCCCUGAACUUUAUCCUGUUAGGCUACAAGAGGAGUACCUCCGGCUCUCUGAUGUCUAUAGGAUGUAUGGAAAUGCUUCCACGCAGUCUCACUCUUCCUCUCCGGCUGCUCUCCACUGCCUCUCCUUUGCUGUAGGUCCGACUCUGCCAUGCGAGGAGUACAUCACAGUCAGUCAGUUAAGCCAGAUCUUCGGGAUGCAGAGAGUUGAUCCCUCCUCUUCUUCCUCUAUUCCAUCAUUCCAACUCGCCUCUUCUGAAUCCACCUUCUCGUGCCACUCAGCUGCAUGUGGUCCUUCCUCCUUUCUCUCUGCACAGAGCCAGCCUGAGCUGAGCGGGAAUGCAAUGCCUCCUAUUAACCUCGAGCGCUGGUACCAGGACAUCAUGGCUGCUGGAGAGCCUCAGUCAUGUCCUCCACCACUGCCUGCAAAGUCUUUUUCCACACGCAGACACAGUCAGCUAUUGAAGUCCAAAUCAGAUGGUGAGGUUGCACGGGGGGCGUCGUGCACCCUGCCGCACUCCAGUGCUGCUCAUGAGAAGAAUGCAUCCACCAAGGGGUUACAGUUUAUGCUGAGAGAGAUGUCACAGACACUAGACAUGGACUCCAGGAGAAGGUUGGCUCUGCAGAGCAAAGACCUGUCUCCCAUAGUGCAUCACUCCAUCCUACAUCAUCAGGCGCCGCCGAGUGGCAGCCAGGCGUACGACACCCUGAGCCUGGAGAGCUCCGACAGCAUGGAGACCAGCGUCUCCACUGGCAACUCCGCCUGUACCCCAGAAAGUGCCUCCGGGUUCGAGGCCCAGAGGAUAGAGGAGAUGGAGAAGAUGUUGAAGGAGGCGCAGCAGGAAAAGGCUAGACUGAUGGAGAACCGAGAGAGGGAUGUGCAGGCUCGGCGGCAGAUGUUGGAGGAGGAGCGGAGGAGGCGGGAGGAGGCCGAGAGGAGGCUCCAGGAUGAGACGACCCACAGGCUGAGGCUGGUGGAGGAGGAGGUGAAGAUGAGAGAGAAACACUUCUCCCAGGCCCGUCCAAUGACGCGCUACCUGCCCAACCGCAAGCAGGAGUUUGACUUGCGAGCCCACGUGGAGUCGUCCGGCCACAGCAUAGACACCUGCCCCUUCGUCAUCCUCACGGAGAAGAUGUGCAAGGGCCACCUGGUGAAGAUGGGCGGCAAAAUCAAAUCGUGGAAGAAGCGCUGGUUCGUUUUUGACCGCAUCAAGAGGAACUUCUGUUAUUACGGGGACAAGCAUGAGACCAAACUGAAAGGACUCAUUUACUUUCAGGCAAUUGAAGAGGUUUAUUACGAUCACCUACGCAGCGCCAACAAGAGCCCAAACCCGUCUUUGACCUUCUGCGUGAAAACCCACGACCGCCUCUACUACAUGGUGGCCCCGUCCCCGGAGGCCAUGAGGAUCUGGAUGGAUGUCAUAGUAACGGGCGCCGAGGGCUACACACAGUUCCUGAGCUGAGGGACCAGUGGGUGACGGACCUGGAGGAUGACGGGGACUAAGAGGGCAACGCAGACACCUGCAAGCCAACCUGUGCUGCUAUCUGCCAGAAAUACAAGACGGGGGCAUAAACGGAUGGACGCUUGAAGAGAAUAAUAAUCUGGGGCCUGAUGCCGACGAGCAAAUGAGGGCUUAGUCAUGACCAUUUUACUGAAUGAAUGAGCUGUAUUUAUCUUUCAGCCACGAUGAGAAGGAAAAGAGUGUGAGCAAUGCCAAUGGAUCUAUAAAUAGAGCUCUCAAUGUUACCAAAACGUAUUGUUACUAUCAUUUUGGAGGUUUCACGAGGAACACUUAUUAGAUCUUAUAAACUCAAACUGUGUCCACCUUGAAGCCAAUCUAUGCAUGCAGUGUUUUCACUUUAAUCGUUGCCUUUUUACCCCCUUUUUGAUACAUUUGUACCGUUUAACUUUUCUCAGAGGAAAAAAAACUAGCUCUUGAUAUUUCCAAACACUAAAAAGUUAACAAAGCAAUAUUUUAGAAAAUAUUCAAAGCAUAUUUUAAAAGUCAUAUAUCUUAUUCAAUUAAUCUUUACUUGGAGACAAAUAUUUUAUGUCAUGUUUGUCCGAUUUUUACAACGCAAAUGUUAAUAUCACUAUAAAUUGUGUUAUAUCUUGUUUUAUUCAGGCAUGUAACACAACAUUAAUGUGUCUGUAUUUCCUAUAAAUAGGUCAAAGAAAACCUAUAAGUAUUUUAACAGAUUUAAUAAAUUAUAGUCCUGUAACGAUAUUGUAAAACUACCAUGUACAUGCAAUAAAUAAAAAUAUAUGAUGUA